UAGAAGCGGAGCGAGAAAGUACACGGGGAGAUCAUGGCGAAAAGAUUGCUACUCGAUUAUCACAAGAGUCUGCCGCUCAAUGGACUGCAAGCUUCUACAGUUUUGCUUCUCAUUUAUGGGUUUACCUGUGUGUGCAGUAAUGAGGUGCUGGUCCCAGAGAGGGUGAGUGCUGUGCUGGGGAAGAACAUUACUCUGGGCUGCAGGGUGGAGGUGGGCACCAACCUCAGCCUCACCCAGAGCUCCUGGGAGCGUCGCCUGCCCUCAGGCACUAUCACCCUGGCCGUCUUCAACCCCCAGUUUGGCAUCUCCAUCUCCCCAGACUACGCCAGACGCCUGUCCUUCCUGAACCCCUCCGUACACGAUGCCACAAUCGUCCUGGAAGGCGUGGGAUUUCAGGACAUCGGGUCUUACACGUGUAAAGUGGCGACGUUCCCACUGGGCAACACGCAGGCAUCCACCACCGUCAAUAUACUAGUGGAGCCCAAGGUCUAUGUCUCCGCCGGCUCUACGGCCCUGGUGGAUGGUGGUAAUGAAUCAGUGGCGGCCACCUGCAUAGCAGAGCGCGGCCGGCCUGCAGCCGAGGUGUCCUGGGAGACUGAGCUCUUUGGCCGCUCUGAGGUCCAGACGCAGGAUGAGCCCAACGGCACCUCCACCACGCAGGUGCGCUACGUGUUGGAGCCACGGAGACACUCCCAGGGCCACACGCUCACCUGCGUGGUGCGCCACCCGGCCCUGCAGACUGAGUUCAGGAUACCCUACGUGCUCAAUGUGCAGUUUGCUCCUGAGGUGACGGUGGUAGGAUAUGACCAGAACUGGUUUGUUGGUCAGGACAAUGUGAAGCUGGACUGUGGAGCCAAAGCCAACCCACCUGCCCACCACUUCUCCUGGACCAGGUUGGAUGGGCCGAUGCCUGACGGGGUGGAUAUAGUGAACAACACUUUUACUUUCACUCGUCCUCUGGAGAGAAAUGACUCUGGACUGUACAGGUGUGAGGUGUCCAAUGACAUCGGUCCACGCGGUCAGGACGUUCAUGUCUGGAUACAAGAUCCUCCCCCCACAACGGCACCAGUCCCCACAACCUCUACUCCCCUCUUCCUGGACACUAGUGACACCAGCACGGCCCCCAACAAGCGUCGAGGAGCGAGCGGCCACUCCACCUCACCCACUCUGGCCUCCCUGUCAGACAGCAGCCUGGGUACCAUAGUGGGCGGGGCUGUGGGUGGGGUUCUGUUCCUGGUGCUGCUGCUGAUCCUGGGCGGAGCCUGCUUCAUGCGCCAGCGGAGGACCUUCAGGGGGGACUACUACACCAAGCAGUACCUGGGCCCCUCCGACAUGCAGAAGGAGUCCCAGCUGGACGUGCUCCAGCCCCACGAGCUGCAGGAGGUCUACGGGGACGGGCCGAACUCUACCUACAAGGGCAGCCAGGAGCUGAAACCCAAGCCGGGACUGGGAGGGGACAUAAUUUACCCCAACGACAUCCAGGACAGGGAUGAUUGGGGCGACGGCCACAGGGGCCUCCGGGAGGGCAGCUACUUCCCUGCUGAGAACCAAAACACCAUCCACCACCCCAGAGGGCUGCCCGUUCACACCCCCACAGUGACCAACGGCUCUCCCUACCUGCCGGAGGACUGCUUUGACAACGGCACAGACAGCGAAUAUGUGUCCCACAUGGAUGGGUCUGUGAUCUCACGCAGGGAGUGGUAUGUCUGAGAGCUCCAGGGGAGCUGGAAAAUACCUUUUGGCUCAAAAUGACUUGGUGAGACAAUAAUUUAACAAGCAUUGAAAUAGAUAUAUUAUAGAGAAUUUAUAUCAGUUCAAUAAACAGACUCUUCUUGACAAGAAUGAACAUUCCCGGCUCAUUUGUGUGCUCUGACCCCAAGGACUUCCAUAUGACUUCCAUAUGGAGUGUGUUAUAACGUCGUGGCAUCUCAACAGAUGAUCGCAGGCUGGGAAUGGCAGUAAUCUGCUGUCAUUAUCGGCUUAACUUUAGAACUAGGGUUCAUUUGGCAAGGGUUUCUCUGUACUAGGUUGUUUCAACAGAUGUGAGCGGUUCACAUUGUGUCUUUCUGCUUUUAUGUAUGUAAACAUGACUCAUGAGUCUGGCAUUUUAGCCUUCAUUAGUGAAAUAUUUCUGUCCCUUUUAAACAUUCUGAACUAUGUUGCAUCAAUUCAAACCCCUCAUAUUCAAUGACAUUUCCCCCAAAAUGUACUCUUUAUUGCUUGCCUGUAAUCAUAUGACUUUUUCAUAUAGGUACAAUUCUGGUUGCUUCUUGCUGUUGAGAACACCUAAAUCAGAUUGUUAUAUUUGAGUGCUGAAACUGUUAUGUGAAAGGGAAAAAGGAUUCAACAAUAUGACAAGUUUAUGGUUCUAGAUGACGAUAGAACAUAUCCACAUAUCCAUUGAUGUGAGCAGGAUUGUACAGUGAUGUUGUCAGGACUAUGAGUCGUGAUAGGACUCCAUGAGGCACAUCGGAGGAACAAAUCUCAAGCUUAGCAUCUAUUUAGGACAGUUUAUUGGACAUGUUCUUUAGCAUUUGUGUCCCAACUGGCACCCUACCCAGUUUAUUAGGUACACCCAUCUAGUCCUGACUCCGCUAUCAGCAUGGCGCAAUAGGAACCUGGGAUUCAUCGGCCCAGGCAAUGUUUUUCUACUCCUCAAUUGUCCAGAUGUUGGUGACCACUUCUUCUUGUUUUUAGCUGAUAGGACUGGAACCUGGUACAGUAUGUGUCAGUGUGAUCUGUGAUAGAGUUUUUCCAGUACACAACCAGGCACCAUGACAUGGUCUGUGUCCCACAUGGCACCCUAUUCCUUACGUAGUGCAGUACUUUUGAACAGAGCCCUAUGAGCUCUGGUCAUAAGUAGUGCACUAUAUAGGGAAUAUGGUGCUAUUUGGGAAACUGACCAGGAUGUUAAUGCUACUAAAGGGUUGACAUCACCAGUGGUCUCAUCUCCAUUAGCUUGUAUUGACCUAGCAUUUCCUGUUCCUUCUUAGCCGGCUGCUUCAUUCUACCUGAGAAACUAAAGGAUCAAAGUGGCCUCUCUAAAGCCUUGCCAUUAAAGGAAAGCGAUCUCUUCAGUCAACGGGUCGGGGGGAGGGGAGCGUGACUGUUGGAGGAGGGGGUUAAAGAGGUGGUAAUCUCCCUGUGGUAUUUCCAGAUGGGGCUUGGUGGGGCUUGGUUUGUUUCUCCUUGUGGGAGUUUGCAGAUUGAGGACACACUCUUUUUCAUUUGAUCCUUAUUAUUUUUUUGGUGGUUUAUAAAACACUUGGAUAUCACACACACACACUCCACAUGCUGCCUACUGCCUAGAACACUCCAACCCUGCCAUGUUCAAAGCCCUCACCUCAAAGUUUUAGCUUUUUAAUUAACUUCUCUUGCCUGGAUGGACAUCGCAAAUGUUUGACCUCAGUGAUGGAUGUGUAGAGCAUCUGUGUAUGCAGGCACACUCAUGUUUCAAGGCUUCCAGCGUGUGCCUGACUAAAAUGGACCGAGCCCCUCUGAAAACUUUUCUUAGCUUGGCUACUGCUCAGACAUCCACCCAGGGGUUGUGGGCACAUAGGCUAAAUACAAUGCAGGGAUACAUUCUCAUGUCUUUUACUGUCUGUCUGUACACACAAUAUGAGGUUAGCUUGGUCUUACUCCCUGUUUUGAACAUUUGUUCAAAUACAGGCUGGUCUUUGACAUGUCAUUUCAUUUGUAGUAGAAGAAAGUGAUUGAAUGUUUACUGAAAUUCUCUUUUUCACUUUUUUUUUUCUUUGGCAAAGCUUUUGUUUUCAAGUUGACCAUGUUUGGAAUGGAAAGAGAUUAAGUUAUUGUUGUGCCUAUACUGCCUUCCUUUUGUUUGAAUCAUUUAUUGUUUAUUCUUCUGCUUAUGUACAUAUGUGUGUAUAUAUGUUCAUGGUUUUUAUGUGUGAUGAUAUCAGCCUGAUUGUCGGGAAGACAUUUGAUUCAUGUGUUGAUUUUAAGUACUGAAUGCCUUGGGAGAGAAAGGUUGGUGCCUUAUGUCUUUCUUUGUAAUAUUUAUGAUUUUGUUGCUUGUUUUUAAACCAGCGUAGUUGACUUAAGGUGAAUUGUUUAGCCUUAUACACACAGACUCUUGUAGCAGCUCUUGGAGCAGCUCAAGUUGCAAUGUACCUAAAAAUUGUAUUUCACUGGAAAAUUAUGUGGGUAGUACUUUGUUAGUACUAAGCAGGCCAGAAUCAUAGUCAAUAUUAUUGUUUUGUAAAUAUGCUGGCUGUUUUUUUUAGUCUUUUUUUAUUUUUUAUGUUUUUUUGUCUGAAAUUGUCACCGAGCAUUUCGAUUAUUUGAAGAUAAUUUAAAAUACGAGCACUAGUCUGUUAGUACUAGGGAGUUUUCCUCUUUCACUUCAUUUUACAAGAUAUUAGUUCUCAAAGGUUUGACUAAUUAUUUUGUUGCCAUUGUGCUAUUAAUUGGUUUGUCAAAAAUCACAUUGGAAACAAGGGAUAGAUAAUUGUUCUCUGUUUGUAAUAAAAGAGCAUCUUAUCUGAAUCAUA